AUGACCACCACAAAGAACAUCAAGACGGACCCUACCAGCAUGAAUGCCAGUUCAACUGGUAUGAAGCGAGCCGAUGAAAUGAAGAGGGAGUUCUUUUUAUCCAAGAUUCCUGCAAUAGCAAAUGUUGGUACAAAUGAUCCCAUGCCCAAUCUUUUUCGUUGUGACAAGAGGUCUCAAUUCGAAUUGAUUGAUGAGGCUUUGAGGAUGGUCAACACAAAUGAGAACAUUUCCGGCACUCUUGUUGUAGCUGAACGAAGAGGAGGCCCUUUGCGAAGAAAAGGCUCAUCGCUGUGCGAACGAAGAGCAAGUGAACUUCUGAAAGACAACAGCGACCACCUGUCAGAACUCUUGCGAAAAAGUCAAGAUGGUUUGGUCGAUUUCAACAGCGACGAUGAGAGCGACUUGGAAGACUAA